AUGGCCUCUGUGUCCCUUCCUUCCCUCCUGCGCGCAUCCACGCGCUCGCUCAGGCGGCCCACAGCCAUCCCCGCAUUCUCCCCAGGUUUCGCGCGUUCGCUGUCAACCAAACACCCGGCGGGUUUUGUGCCCCCAACAGAAGAUGACCUUUUGGAACUCCGCGAGAGAGUACAGGAAUUUACUCGACGCGAAAUUCCAGCCGAGGUAGCCGCCCAGACAGAUCAGCUGAAUGAAUUUCCGGCGGACAUGUGGAAGAAAUUGGGAGAUGCUGGAUUUCUCGGAGUCACAGCCAACGAAGAGUAUGGUGGUCUGGGAAUGGGCUACCAAGCCCAUUGUAUUGUGAUGGAAGAACUGAGCCGAGCAUCUGGAAGUAUCGGACUGUCCUAUGCCGCCCACUCCCAACUUUGCGUCAACCAGCUUUCCCUAAACGGCUCAACUGAGCAAAAAGAACGAUUCCUACCAGGCUUGCUUUCAGGAGAGAAGAUUGGAGCUCUCGCAAUGUCAGAACAUUCGGCUGGAUCCGAUGUGGUCAGCAUGAAGACUACUGCCAAGGAGGUCGACGGCGGCUGGGUCCUCAAUGGAACCAAGAUGUGGAUUACCAACGGCCCCGACGCAGACUACAUUGUUGUAUAUGCUAAGACCGAGCCUGAAAAGGGAUCCAAGGGUAUUACUGCUUUUGUUGUCGAGAAAAACUUUGAGGGAUUCUCGUGCGCCCGCAAGUUGGACAAGCUGGGCAUGCGCGGUUCUAACACCGGCGAGCUCAUCUUUGAGGAUGUCUUUGUUCCCCGGGAGAACCUACUCGGUGAGGUGAACCGAGGAGUCAAAGUUCUUAUGGAGGGUCUUGACUUGGAGCGACUCGUAUUGAGUGCUGGGCCUCUUGGCAUUAUGCAAGCUGCCCUAGACUUGGUUCUCCCUUACACUCACGUCCGGAAGCAGUUUGGUACUCCCAUCGCACAUAACCAGCUGAUUCAGGGCAAGUUGGCAGAUAUGUACACUAAACUGGCCGCCUCGCGGGCAUAUACUUAUGCCACGGCUCGCGAAGUUGAUAACGCGGCGGCAUCACCGAAUCCUCUAGUGAUUCGCACCCAAGAUUGCGCGGGAGCGAUCCUGUACGCUGCUGAGCGUGCUACCGAGUGUUCUUUGGAUGCCAUCCAACUGAUGGGCGGCAAUGGAUAUAUCAACGAGAUUUCUGCCGGGCGUCUGCUUCGCGAUGCGAAGCUGUACGAGAUCGGAGCAGGUACCAGUGAGAUUCGGCGGAUGGUCAUCGGUCGCGCAUUCAACAAAGAAUAUGCUUAG